CAGUUGAUGCAACGACAAUUCCAGAAAUUUAUGAUGAUGAUGUCCCGUUCUAUACUAUGUCUUAUCGAUACAUCAGCAUUGUUGGUUUUAUCGGUUGUAUACUCAGUGGUUGUAUCAUCAGUCUUCUAACAGGUGGAUGGAGAGAUCGCCACAACGUAGAUCCGAAGUUGUUAAGACCGCUUUUUGAUCUCUGGAUUUUCCGAAUAUGGAUUCCGGAAAAAGUCAGAAAAUUUCUGCGAUUCGGAGUCGAAUGGAGUGAAGAUGGAGAGAACGAUGAUAAGAUUGAAACAAAAUCAGAAAAAUAUAAAACGGUGGAAGCUAUUGGAGUUUAUUCAGUGAAAUUGGAUCCUGACAACGGACACGCAAACGCCUGUUUCGGGAAUGAUGAAAACGUCUUAAAAAUGAGCAAUUUGUAAACAAUUGAGUUGUAAAUGAGUCAAUAGCAC